UCGCCAAUUUAACGUUACUGUCCGUCCAAGCUCAAGUUGCUUUGAAUUAGAUCAGUUCACCGACUUGGAUAGAUAUAUCUGUUCCCGCCUGCGCCUGGUUGCGGAUCGACGAGCAUCCUACAACUCUUUUGCCCUUACCGCCAGCCUCUACGAAAGAUUUUGAGCUUUCGAGGUUCACAUCACCUUCUUGACAAAGAACCCAUUCAUACAAGCCUGACUGCUACAGAUUUGGCAAGAACAUCACCAUAGCAGGCGUUGACGGGCAUUGAUUCCUGCCAGGGUUCCCCGCAUUUUUCGAGCCGAAAGCUCAGGCCAGUCAUCUGACACAAGCGUGCUUGGUGCAUAUUUCCCCGCCAUUGGCAGGGAUUGAGCGCCCAGAACCAUGCCGCAUCGCGUCGCCGAUUUCCUUCGGUCCUCGACGCAUUCACUCGAGAUUCAGGUGUCGAAUUGGACGAAAAAGUCGGCGCCUGGCGGCCCUCGACGCAGGCGAGACUCGCCAAAGAGGAGCGGGAAACCACCAAGGAGCACCGAACGGCCACCAUCCUUUGCUGCCAUAACCGACGACGACUCAGACGAUGCCUACACCCCGCCUUAUACUCCGCGCCUCAAAAUGGGUGAUUCGCGAGCCAGCAGCUUCUCGUCCGAGUCCCACAAGGAACAUGGACACCACCAUCAUCACCGAAUCUCAUUUCCCAGUUUGCAUUUUGGGCGAUCUAGCAAAGACACACACCCCCCUGCACCAGCUGCAUUAGACUGGAGUCUUGAGUCGCCGCCUAUCGUCAUGUACGGCGAUCCCGAGAGCAGCACCGGUGCGUUGCUCUCGGGCCAACUCUUCCUAAACAUCAAGGAGGAGAGCCUGGAGAUUGAGUCUUUGAACGCAACUCUCAGCAUCCAUGUCACACAGAAAAAGCCCUUUGUGCAUCACUGUGCCGACUGUGCAAGUCAGUCUACGGAACUAAAAAAAUGGGUUUUCUUGCCGCAUCCGUUGGUCAUGAAGAAAGGUGAACACACGUUCCCUUUCUCGGUGCUCUUGGAGGGGCACCUCCCGGCUAGUAUGGAUAGCCCCCUGGUCUCAAUCGCCUACGAAUUCAAGGCUGAAGCCGUGCCCAAAAGCGGCGACACUCCGCUGGCGCCUAUCAAGCUAGAAAAGGUGCUCGAUGUCAAACGCAGUCUCCCAGCGUCCGAGAACCCGCACCACUCCGUCCGCGUCUUCCCUCCUACAAACAUCAAGGCCAGUGCGCAUUACCCUCAUGUGAUACACCCGAUCGGCAGCCACACAUUGUCUUUGCGGCUUGAUGGCAUCGCGAAGCACAACGCCAAGGUCAACACGAUUGAAUAUUGGAGGCUGAAAAAGCUCACGUGGAAAAUUGAGGAGACGGUCAAGACGGUCGCCCCGGCCUGUAGUCGACACAGCCCUAAGAGCAGCGAUGGUGCGGAAGAGCAGCAGCAGCAGAAGAAGGGCAUCGUCCGCUGCGAGAGCCGAAUUAUUGGGGAGAAGACACUCUACUCAGGCUGGAAAAGUGACUACACGAGCCUCACCGAUAGCCUGGUCGAGGUCGAGCUCGAUUACAACGUCUGCAAAUCCGCGAAGCCUUCGUGCGACACCAAGAGCCGCGAUGGGACCGAGGUAACCCAUCAACUGAUGGUGGAGAUGGUUGUUUCGCAAGAAUGGGCCCCGGUCAACAGGCCUUCACUCGUGACACACACUGGUGUAGGGCGCAUUCUGCGGAUGCACUUCGCCACCAUUCUUACCGAGCGCGCGGGCAUCGGCAUCAGCUGGGAUAACGAAGCCCCUCCCAUCUAUCAGGACGUGCCUCCUAGCCCGCCGGCGUACUCGGAGGAGAUUACCGCGGACAAUUCGAUUGCGGAGAUGAAUGAAUCCCUCGACAGCUGCUGUGGGCGAGGUUUGAACCGGAACUCGACGGACACGAGUGCAAGCGGGCAUGGCGGAGCAGGCUCCGAAGGGCGGUGAAGAGCCCCCUUAAGCUGGGCUCGCACGUUGAGACGUGGGCGCUCCCGAGGAACUUAGCAUUCACAGCUUUCCGCAAUGCGAGAGGACGGGAGCAUUGGAAAAACUUUGGGUUUCGUGCUGGGAGGGUUUUGUCAUAUGGAAUCGUUGUUUGUUGGGCUCAAGGCGUUCGUGUUGCAUGAUACCCUGUACGGCAAGUCGUCGAGGGCUUGUUGGCUGUUGAUCUUCUCUGUGUAUUACUAUCAUCCCUCAAAACUCACUGGGUAUGGGACUGCUAAUGAUAAUGAUACCCGGGAAUGGGAAAAGGCUUACCUAGGAAAGAAAACGGAACAUGAAUAUCCAAAGCAUUGCAUCUCUGGUAUGGGUACCUACCUCGCAUUUGUUGCAUUGAGACGCUGUGCACUUGUCUAUUGCUCCCUGCACCACAGCUCAGGCGACCAUGGUAGUCAAGUCAGGUUAUAGGUAUAACUGACCUCUGUAUG